AUGGACGAGAGCGGCAUGAACNCCGAGGGCUACUGCGGGCCCCCGGGGCAGCUCCCGCAGCCGCCAGCGCUGGGCCAGGAGCAGCCCCCGUACCUGCCCGGCCUCUUCGGCCUCUCGCCUUCCCUCCUCGAGGAAGCGGAGCCGCCGGGACCCCCCGAGCCGUGCCCCGGGCCGGGGGCAGCGCAGACCUUCGAGUGGAUGAGGGUGAAGAGGAACCCCCCCAGAACAGGCAAAACGUCGGAGCUGGGGCUCCUGGGGCAGCCCAACUCCAUCCGCACCAACUUCAGCACCAAGCAGCUGACGGAGCUGGAGAAGGAGUUCCACUUCAACAAGUACCUGACGCGGGCCCGCAGGGUGGAGAUCGCCGCCACCCUGGAGCUCAACGAGACCCAGGUCAAGAUCUGGUUCCAGAACAGGAGGAUGAAGCAGAAGAAGAGGGAAAAGGAAGGGCUGGCCCCGGCCGCCGCCUCCAGGGCGGCCAAGGAAGCGGCCGAAGCCUCGGAUCAAUCCAACUGCACCUCACCUGAGGCUUCCCCCAGCUCCGGCUCCUCCUGAAACCCCCCGGGACCCAGCGGGGGUGGCCCCGAGGAACGGGAUCCUCCCCCCCGGGGCACCCCCGCCUGUCCCCCCGCGUCUCUCUUUAUUUAUAACCCCUCUGAGCUCCCAAGGAGAGGCUCCGCAGCCAUUCCCGUGUCUCAGGGACGUUUCUGCCUUUCCCCCUCCCCUUUAGGAACUGCACUUUCAACUCCAGAAACACAAAAACAAACAAACAAACAAAAAAAAAAAAACUUUAAAACUAAUUUAGUUCGCUCCCCAUCGGAAAAAAAAAAAAA